UGCUGAUGCCUCUAUUUCUAUAAUAAAACAUUUUUUUAAAUUUAAUACAGGUAUAUUCUAACUUCAUUUAUUAUUCGAGUUUACAACCAAAGACAACAUGAAUUCGUCUACAUAUAUUUUACAAUUUUUUGUGUUUUUAUCGAUUUAUAUUGUAACUAAUGGCGAGUUAGCCACCAACACCAUAAACAGAUCAAAUUUCAACUUAGAAACUGCUCAAACUCCUUACCAGCUAAUAGAAACUCUACGAAAGCAAGUUUUGGACAAAGAAAAUGAACUAAAGAAAGCCGAAGAAAUCAACAAGAACUUCGAAAAAAUGAUACAACUGGUUAAUAUUUUGGGACAAGUUGAUUCAUUUUUAACAGAUCGAACAAAAACCAUAAUAAAGAAAAUUGCCAUGCUUACAGACGCCGAUGAUGGGGCAUUUGAAAAAGAAUUUAGGAGGAACCAUAAUAUCAAUAAAUAGUUUUAUUAUAUAUAAUAUUUUUGUUUUUUUUUUUUAAUAAAGUUUUUAUAAAUUAUUAAUUUUUGUAUCUU